UAAAGUCCAAUACAUGACGGGUCAAGUUGAGUCGAGACUGCAGCUUCAUCAUCAUCAUCAUCAUCCUCUUCUUCUUCUUCUUCAUCUUGGCCAAGCGCGCGGCUGAAUCCCUUUUCCCAGAGCCAUGCGCGUGCACAUGGAUGAAUCGCGCAACCUCCUGUUUCUGUUGUGCGUUUUAAUGAAGACCAGCACUACUAUGAAGAACGAUGCUACGGAGAUUGUGUAUCCCCGCAUGGCCGAGGAUCCCGCGGAAGAGCCCGCGGAUGAAGCGGCUCUGAAUCGCGCGCGCGGUGGAGGCAGAGGGUCCGAGAGCGCGCCGCGGGAUCGAGCCGAUCCAGGGCCGAUGGGUUGCAGAGAACUGCGCUCUACGAAGUACAUCUCGGACGGCCAGUGCACCAGUAUCAACCCCAUUAAAGAGCUGGUGUGUGCAGGAGAGUGCCUCGCUGCCCAGAUGCUCCCCAACUGGAUAGGUGGAUAUGGUAAAAAGCCGAGGAGCCGCCGGGGCAGCCAGGACUGGCGUUGCGUCAAUGACAAGACCCGCACCGAACGCAUUCAGCUGCAGUGCCAGGAUGGCAGCACCAGGACCUACAAGAUCACAGUGGUGACCGGCUGCAAGUGCAAACGUUACCUGAAACAGCACAAUGAAUCAGCAAACAAGUCUGAGAGCAUCACUCAACGUCAGCAGAUCCACAAGCCCAAAAGCAAGCGGAAGCAUCGAAAUAGAAAAGUGAACGGGAAUUGGCACGAGUCGGAGUCCUGAGCCAUCGGGCUCUGAAUGAAAAGAAAAAAAAAAAGACUCUGGACUACCUGUGAAAGAAGGACUGCAGAGCUGAAGAGCUCAGGAGUAGAGCACAUUGAUUAUCAGGAUAACAUGUUGAAUGGAAACUGAUGGCUAUUCCAGACGUAGUGGCUUCAGAUCAAACUCAGCCUCCAGCAAAGUGCCAUACAAUCACUGCUCGUGCUUCCUAUACUAUCCAUACCGACUUUAUGCCAGAGUUUGGCAUUUCAGUAUAUUGAAAAUAUCACCUGACCAUGACUGUCUCUCUGUGAGAAAUCAUAGCACUGGCUAUACUCUCCAUCGAAAGCCAGAUGACCCUGAAUAUCUCGUGUUUGAGAACAAUAUAGCUGUGUAAAUAAAGUAAAUACAGUCUGUGUGUGUAAUGUGUGUAAAUAUAAAGCAUUUAAAUAUGUAACUGCAAGAUAUUUAGUUACUGUUAGCAAGUAUACAUUGAUGUAAUAUAUUUUAUAUUGAUGUUCUCAUCAUGUGGGUCAUCUAAUCCUUCAUAUACGUGUUGUAAUUUUA